ACUGUUACAGACAAAAAAUAUAUUUAUGGCUAGGGUUAUUUCUCAGACUAGAGCUAUUUUUCUAGUGUAGGAUAGAGAACAUUCACAAGGUCCAUGCUACCAUAGCCAAAUGGAGGAGAUUCCUAUCACUUUACAACCAGGAAAUGAGACAUUACCACUGGGGUUAAAGGAUUUAGAGUCCCUGGACAAAAUCACUGUCCACCAACACUUAGAAGCAGGGGAUAUGUGCUUUCAAAGGCCAAGUCGAUAUAGUGUAUAUGGCAAAGAAGAAGAUUCCAUAUUAUAUGCUCAAGAAGUCUCCGAGUGCUAUGCCCGUCAAUGUUUGGGGGCCAUGAGGGGAUUUGUUCUGAAGUUCAGCAAUCAAGAUGGCCAAGAACUGAUCAGAUUACGACGCCCCCUUAGGUGCCCUUGUGGUGUUUGUUGGUGGUGGUGCUGCUGUGUUCAGGAACUCAGCAUAGAAAGCCCCCCUGGUCAAGAGAUUGGGGCAAUCAUGGAGGAUCGCUGUUGUUGUCCUUCAUACAAAAUUAUAGAUGAAACUGAAUCUGUAGUCUACAAAGUGGAGUUUUCCUGUUGUCUUUGCAAACUGUGUUCUGAUGUUGUAAUACCAGUAUCAGAUGCCAGGGGAGGACAGAGAGUGGCAGAAAUCAGGAAGGCUACUGCUGGUGACUGUGGAGACUUCUGUGGAACUCACAAUGACUUCACCAUUUCCUAUCUCCAGCCAUUACAAGUUCAACAUAAGAUUCUUCUUCUGGGUGCAAGUUUUUUGAUGGACUUCAACUUUUUUGAAAAACAACAACGUUCCUGUUGUUAAUGUGACUAUAACAUUUUGCAUGAUAUUGUUUCUUCUUUUUUUUUUAAUUUUGUCAAACCACAGAACCAACAUCUAUUUAUGUGUUCUUACUAAUUUUCACAUUUAUUCUGGUAUUGUUAUAAUUAUUAGUCAUAUAUGUUAAAUGCAAACUUAUAUAGUGUCAUCAGCUCAUUUAUAU